AUGGAUACUUCGGAGGAAUCAAAAGAAUAUUUAAAUGAAGAAGUAAACUUUGAAGAAGAUUCUAACACUUACACAAUUACUAUACAUAUAGGAACGAUUAACGGACUGAAACCCGUCUAUCCCGUUUCUGAUAUCCAAUUAUCAGUCACUCUCGGAGAGGAAAUCCUAUUCCAAAGUGAAAAAGUUCCCAUGUCCGAGUUGAUUCCAAUUGAACAUGAUAUCAUUCAAUCAAUAGACAUUGAAGAUCUUGAAAUGGUCAACAAAUUCAUUACAACCCCACUAGUAUUUUCCCUACUCGCAAAAGUCCCGCCAAAAAAAGGUGCCAGUAAAACCAAACAUAGAUCCAGUAGAAGUAGUCAAGGAUCAAAAACUUCGAAGAAAUCGAAAAAAAGCAAGAAAUCUAAAGAUAGCGAAAAGAAAGAAAAAGAAGUACCGCAACCAUCGGGUCCCCAAGUUGCGGGCAGUGUUACGGUAGACAUGUCCGCCAUAUUUCUAGAAAACAGAUCAAUGAUGGAAAGUUUAAUACUUAAAGCACCUGCAGGUCAGCCUCUGGAUGACCGAGCCAAAUCAGCGUCAAACUUACCAAUGGUUCAAGUUGACAUUUUCCUAGAUAAGCCAAUUCCAAGGGGAAACAUGUUUUACUACACACUAGAAACAAUCUAUAAUCUGCCAAAAGUCAUGACAAAAGGAAUGAAUUAUCAAAUGGUGAUUGGCAUACCAAUUGGACUACAGUACAAAUUAGUACCAUUCGAUAUUUUCACAUAUUGCGUUGGACCUCGAGAAAAAUAUAGAUUUAAGCAGUACUAUGGAAGUACGGAAUCGUCCAAUUAUAUUAUAAAGGAUGAUUUUGAUGAUGUAAUGUCGAUAUUAUGUGUAGAAUUUUCUGAUUUCAUACCUGAUGUUCCACGAUUGGAAUACAAUCAAAUUAAGGGCGAAUUUGCUUCGGAUGAAGAUAUAGAAUCAUUUAAAACCAAAAUAAAACGUUAUCAUUAUAUCGGGGUAGAGUUGUACAUGACUAACCCGGAUGUUACAGGACCAAUUGGAAGUAAAAGUAAAGAAGAAAUUAACAAGACAAGCACAGAUGCUAGUAAGAAGAGUAGUAAGAAAGGAAGCAAGCAGGGAAGUAAGAAAACUAGUAAAAAAGGAAGCAAAAGGGCAGUAUUAAUAUAUGUACCUGAUGACAAGAAAGAUGAGGAAUAUUUACACUUAAUGGCAUUUAUUGAUAUCUGCCGUUUGUUAUAUCCCGGUGAACAAAAGUUAAGAGUUGCUAGUGAAUUGCGCACAUUUAAUCUUGAAGAGUUCCAAAGUAAUUGUGGAAUAAGUGAUUCCUACUUUCGGCCAAAACCAGCUCCAGCAACACAACCAGCAGAGGAUAAAGAAAAACUAGAUAAUAAUAAAUCAACUAAAGAUACUUCUCCUAAAGAGUCAAGAAUGUCUAAAUCAUCUAAAGCUUCAAAGAAAAGUGGUAAAGGUAAAAAAGCUCAAGGCGAUCUUAAGGCAAAAUUACCUAAGGCACCAAUACCACCACCAGCAAGCGAACCAGUCUACGAUGAGCAAGGACAACCAACAUUUAUUAUAAUGGAGUUCGAGUUUCGAAAUCCUAUCACACCAAAACAUGAAAUCGAAGAUUUACAUUCUGAAUUAGAAGAACUCAUUCAAAAACUCCCGAACCAACCUCCAGAAAUCCCUAGAGAUUUUAAAUCUAAAUAUCUUGCUCAAGAUAUUUUCCUGAAUAGUAUUAAAGGCUUAUUUCAAAAUCUAAAGCAAAACUAUCUAGAAUAUCAAAAAAAUGAUGGCGGCAAAGAAAAUCUAUUGAGUUUUAUCGAGUAUCUAACAAGAAGUGACCAAUAUCAAGUGUACAUGAACACAUUGACUCAGUCAGCAUCAAAUUAUUGUGAUCUGAACAAGAAAUACGAUCCAGAGUGGUCCGUUGAUGAAUACCACGCAUUUAUUGGUCAAGCCUAUGUAGAUCUGGUAGAAUUAUUAAAUACUACUAUUAAUCAUAUUGGAUUAGCAGGCGCUGCACACCCACAAGAAGUAAAAGAAGAGAGUGAUAGUGAAGGUUUAUUAUUCUAUGCCAAAGAAGCUGCUGAGAUCAACGCGUUUGGGCUAGCUCAACAUUACUACCUGCAACGUAUCAAGGAUGACGAUACCAACAGUGCUUACUGGUUAGACUACGCUAUUUUCAAGUUGCAAAUUGGUGAAAAUGAUGCGGCAGUUGAAUGUGCCAUAGAAGCAUUGAAAAACGAACCGAAUAACGCUGAUUGUCUGAUAUUUUUCGCGUUACUUAUGGCUCGAGAGGGUAAAUAUUCCGAAGCAGAAACAUGUGUGUUAAAUGUAACUCUAUGCAAUCCAAAAUGGUUGGAGGGUUGGAUGGCAUUAUAUUGUGUCUACCUCCGAAGUAAAAACCGCGAAGGAAUUGAAUUAUGUCUUGAAAUGGCUGCAAAAUAUGCUAAAGCAGACAAUAUUCAAAAUAGAUUUGAUGAUUUAAUUUGGUGUGGCGCGAAAUUACCGAAUACUUAUACUUUCAGAUCCGUAAAAUACUUUAUCAAUCUCAGAUUGUUAGAUGAAGCUGAAUUGAUACUCGCUGAUGAAUUGCUUAAAAAGAACACAGACGUGAUUGAAUAUUUACUCGCGGUUUUAUCACUUAUGAAAGGUAAUGUUGAGCAUGCCUACGAUCAUAUAGAAGAGUCUUUUAGAAUGGGCGGAUGUGCGUAUUGGAAAAAUUUACUCAGGGGGCACAUAUUCAUGGCCAUGGACGAACUGGACUGUGCACUUGUUGAAUAUGAAAAAAUCGUUAAAUCAACCGAAGAUAUUGCUUACGAUGGAAGUAUCCAUUUGGUUUAUAUAAGAGCAGGCUUGUGUUACAGUGCAUUGGGAAUGCAUCAAUUGGCUAGAAAGAUUCUCCUCAAAGCAUCCGAAAAGAAAGGUACACCAUACACAUGGUUGGCUACUGGUGUACUAUACUAUCAUCAACAUGAUUAUAUGAGUGCUGAAGAGUGUUUAAUGGCAUCAAACACAUUGGAUAACAUCUUGCCAGAAACUUGGGCAUAUUUAACGCUUGUCAAUAUUAAACUAGGAAGACUAAAUGAAGCUACAAGUUGUUACCACCAGGCAAUUGAUCAUAGACUGCAGAAUGAAGAUUUAAUGAAGACUGUUGAUUAUGAACUUGCACAAUGGGAGGAAAAUUUCUUUGACUCAAAAUCCUCGACACAAUCGAUGCCAGAUGAGGAACAAAGUCAAGAGUGAAAUAUUAUAUUGUUACUUAUGUCGCACAGUAGGCGAUUUUUAGAUUGACGCCAUAGUAGCGUCUAAAUCCUGUCAUGUAAACAACAGAUUUGUAUAAAUUUCAGUGACGCCGAUACAGUGCUACGCUCGUCGCACUCCCUGCAGUUAAUAUCAAUUUGCAGCAAGUGGAAACUAAUGCGUUGUUUUUGACAAUCGGAAAAUCAAUGCUACACGUACGCAAAACACUACUAGUACCUAUGUGUCAUUAAAUGUAUUGUAUAAAAUAUCGCUUUGUAAAACAAUUAUUUGGUUAUUAUAUUGGAGUAUGUUCACCAGCUAA